UAAGAUUAUUGAAAGCCAAACGUUUGAUUCAACAGUUUUCGAUGGAUUCUUCCAUUGCUAUGUCAGAAUCAUCUGCUCUUUCUCCAAAUUUGAAGUGGAGAUAUGAUGUGUUUUUGAGUUUUAGAGGAGAGGAUACUCGAUCUAACUUCACCAGUCAUCUUGACAUGGCCUUGCGGCAAAAGGGAGUCAACGUCUUCAUUGAUGAUAAGCUCAACAGGGGUGAGCUAAUCUCUGAAUCUCUUUUCCGAUCUAUUGAGGAAGCUUUGAUUUCUAUUGUUAUAUUCUCUGAAAAUUAUGCAUCAUCUUCAUGGUGUCUGGAUGAAUUGGUGAAAAUAAUCGAAUGUAAGAAAUCCAAAGGUCAGAUAGUUUGUCCAAUUUUCUAUAAGGUGGAUCCAUCGGAUGUACGAAAACAAACCGGAAGUUUUGCAGAGGCAUUGACCACACAUCAAGCUAAGUUCAAGACAAAAAUCCAAAUUUGGAAAGAUGCUUUAACUGCUGCAGCUAACUUGUCUGGCUGGAACCUAGGAUCUAGGAGGGAGGCUGAUCUUAUUCAAAACCUUGUUGAAGAAGUAUUGUCGAUAUUAAAUCUUAAUUGUACGCCUUUAUAUGUAGCUAAGUAUCCGGUUGGAAUUGAUUAUCAACUAAAUUUUUUAAGGCUACACUCCCCUUAUUGGACACAAGAUGAGCCUAGUAUUGGUGUUUACAUGGUGGGAAUAUAUGGGAUUGGAGGCAUUGGUAAAACAACUUUGGCCAAAGCUUUAUACAACAAAAUUGCUCACCAAUUUGAAGCUUGCUGCUUCCUAUCAAAAGUUAGGGAAGCUUCAAAGCAAUUCAAUGGCCUUGUUCAACUUCAGGAAACCCUACUCCAUGAAAUCUUAAAGGAAGAUUUGAAGGUUGGUAACCUUGACAAAGGAAUUAACAUCAUAAGGUAUAGAUUGCGUUCAAAGAAAGUUCUUAUCGCUCUGGAUGAUGUGGAUAAGCUUGAGCAGUUAGAAGCAUUGGUUGGUGCACAUGAUUGGUUUGGCAUUGGUAGUAUGAUCAUCGUGACAACAAGAAACAAUCAUUUGAUUUCUACCCAUGAAUUUGAUCAAAAGCAUGGUAUUCGAGUGAUGAAUCACGAUCACGCCCUUGAACUUUUUAGUUGGCAUGCUUUUAAGAAAAGUCAUCCACCAAGUAAUUAUUUAGACCUUUCAAAACGUGCUACAAGUUAUUGUAAUGGUCAUCCCUUGGCUCUGGUUGUUUUGGGUUCUUUCCUCUGUACCAGAGCUGAGCAAGCAUAUUGGAAAAGUAUAUUAGAUGAAUUUGAGAACUCUUUGAACAAAGACAUCAAUGACAUUCUUCAAAUAAGUUUUGAUGGGCUUGAAGAAAAAGAAAAGGAGAUUUUCCUCGAUAUUUCUUGUCUUCUAGUGGGAGAAAAAGUUGACUACGUUAAGAAUAUUUUAAACGCAUGUCAUCUCAAUCCAGAUUUUGGAAUUUUAGUCCUUAUGGAUCUUUCACUUAUUAUGGUUGAAAACGAUAAGGUGGAGAUGCAUGAUUUAAUACGACAGAUGGGUUAUAAAAUAGUCAAUGGUGAAUCUUCUGAGCCGGGAAAAAGAAGUAGAUUGUGGUUAGAAGAGGACAUUUUGAAGGUGUUUAUUGAUAACUCUGGAACAGAUGCAGUUAAAGCCAUAAAGUUGGAGUUGCCUAAUCUCACAAGAUUAGAUGUGGAUCCACGAGCUUUUAGAAAAAUGAAAAAUUUAAGAUUACUUAUGGUUCGAAAUGCAAGAUUUUCUACCAAUCUUAAAUAUCUACCGGAUAACUUAAAGUGGAUUAAGUGGCAUGCAUUUAGUCAGGACUCUCUGCCGUCAAGUUUUAUUACAAAAAAUCUCGUUGGAUUAGAUUUGCAAUACAGUCGCAUCCAAAAUGUUGAGAAAGGAUGGAAGGAUUGUAAAAGGUUGAAGCUGGUUGAUUUUAGUUACUCAAGAUUAGAGAAAAUUCCCGACUUCUCUACCUCAUCGAGCCUUGAAAAAUUGUAUCUUAACCACUGCAUAAAUUUAAGAGCAAUUCCUAUGUCGGUUGUUUCUCUUAGUAAGCUUGUUAUCUUAGACCUUAAUCACUGUUCCAACCUUAAAAAGCUUCCAAGUUAUCUCAGGUUGAAGUCUCUUAAAGUUUUGAACCUCAAUUACUGCAAAAAACUUGAGGAACUUCCAAAUUUCUCUGCAGUAUCAAACCUUGAAAAAUUGUAUUUGAAAGAAUGCACAAAUUUAAGAAUGAUUCACGAGUCUAUUGGAUCUCUAGAUGAACUUGUUACCUUGGACCUUGAAAAAUGUUCUAAUCUUAAAAAACUUCCAGGCUGCCUUUCAUUGAAAUCUCUUAAACAUUUGAAUCUCGAUCACUGCAAAAAGCUUCAGGAAAUUCCAGACUUCUCUGCCGCAUUAAACCUUCAAAGCUUGUAUCUUAAAAAAUGCACAAAUUUAAGAGUGCUUCACGAGUCUAUUGGAUCUUUGGAUAAUCUUGUUGUCUUGGACGUUAGACAUUGUACUAAGCUUGAAAAGCUUCCAAGCUACCUCAAGUUAAAAUCUCUUAAAUAUCUCGAACUCUCUGGCUGCUCUAAGCUCGAAAUGUUUCCAAAGAUUGCUGAAAACAUGAAAUCAUUAGUAUUAUUGCAUUUGGAUUCUACUGGCAUAAAGAAGCUACCUUCGUCAAUUGGAAACCUUACUGAGCUCAAAGUCUUAAAUCUUGACGGUUGCACAAACCUCAUCUCUGUUCCUGGGAUAAUUUAUUUGUUACAGAAUCUUGAAGAGCUUCAUCUCGGUGGGUGUUCUAGAUUUGAAAUGCUUCCCCAUAAAUGGGACUCACCAAUCCAUCAUGGAAACUUACCCACAAACCCUAUGUUUUCCAAGCUAACUUUGUUGGAUCUUCAACAUUGCAACCUAUCAAAUGCAGAUUUCUUGGAAAUUCUAUGUGAUGUCAACCCUUUCUUAAAUAGCCUACUCUUGUCGAAAAACAAAUUUUGUAGUCUACCCUCAUGUCUUCAUAAGUUUAUGUCCUUGUGGAAUCUCCAGUUGAGGAAUUGUAAGUUUCUUCAACAAAUUCCAAACCUUCCUCAGUGUAUACAAAGAAUGGAUGCCACGGGUUGUGAAUCAUUGGUUAGAAGUCCAGACAAUAUUUUGGAUAUAAUAUCAAGCAAGCAGGACAUUACACUAGGUGACUUUCCUAGAGAGUUCAUUCUAAUGAACAUUGAAAUUCCAGAAUGGUUCAGCCACCAGACUAUAUCAAAUUCAAUAAAGGUUAACUUUCGACAUGAUCACAAUAUAGAAAGAACUUUGGCUACUUCUGCUAAGUUCAGAGUAGAUGGAGAUUCAUAUGAAGGAGAAGCCUUAAUUUCAUGUAACAUAUUCAUCGGGUAUAGACUCCAAAGUUCUUUUAUGAGAAAAUUCGCACCAUCAACAUCAGAAUAUACAUGGUUAGUAACAACUUCUUCUCCAACAUUUAGUAGCUCCUUAGCGACGAAUGAUUGGAAUGAUGUUAUAGUCUGGUUUGAAGUUGUUAAAAGUCGUGAGGUUAACGUAACUAUAAGAAGCUGUGGUGUCCAUCUCACUGAUGAGGUCGAUGGGAUACAAAAUGAUAUUAAGGGGCAAGGAGUAAUCUAUACAGAUUAUGAUCAAUCGGUGGAAUUGGGAAGCUGGGAUGUCAUCAAAUCCUUCGCUCAAGAAGUCUCCGCCAGAUCAGAUUGCAAUGCAAUGUUGCAUGCACAGAACUUUCCAGUUGAAAUUGAUUCCAAAAUACAACCACUUAACAACUUUCCCUUACACGUAACAUGUUAUGGCGUUACAAGGAUAAGUGGCAUGGAAGGCAUGGCAGAGACGACACUCGCCAAAUCUAUAUUUGAUAAACUAGUGGAUCAUUACGUUGGGAGAAAGGCUUUAAACGAUUGGGGUGGGUUUAUUGAAAUGGAUAAACUUGGAUUUCGUGGAGGAUUUCGAAGUUGUAACACAAGCAAUAGACUGUCUUCCCAAAAAUACCUAAGAGUUUUUGAUGGUGGGUAUGAAUUUGACAUUGUGAACGAUGCGGUUGAUAGUGAUGGUCAUUUGAAUUUUACAAGAUUUUUAAGGAUUGAUGAUGUAAAAGACAGUAUACCGAUGAUGUAAAAGACAUUAUAUCCAUGAUGUAAAAGACAUUAUAUGCGAGAGUGGCCUCGUUGGUAACACAUGGAAAAGUUAGAAAGACCCUUAGAAUAUCAUCCCUCAAGUCAUUAUUUUCA